AUGUUGAAGAAUAACAAGGCCGAAUUGCAGCAUCGCUUACGUCACUUCAUGAAAAUGGUUGUGGCCAGCUUCGAAUCGUUGUCCCAUGCGUCUGUUCAAGCAGCGCCUCGAAUCUUUGAUGGCGCCAGCCUUUCGAUGCCGGUUUCUGUCACGAAGGUUGCUCGCAACUUGUCCAAGUAUGAUGGCGGCAGUGACUUGGACUUGUUGCGAGAGAUGCUGGAGAGGACUCCGGAGCAAGACGCUUUUUUGGAAGCUGCUCAGGACGACGACUGGCGCCGACCGUUGCUGCAGGUAGAGGAGGCCCCCAAUCCAACCAAGAACAUUUUCACACAGCCUAUCAAUGGCUUGCCAGUGGCACAGACGCCUGCAUAUCGUUUGCGCAGUGUGCUGGUCGAAGGUGCUUCUCCAGAAGAAGAAGCGCGAGCAUGGCAGACGGCAUUUGCGCAGGAUCUGCACAACCUUCUACCAGCCUUGCUGAGACACGUUUGCAGUGAUUCGUGCUUCAAGUAUUCGGACAAGAGCUCUACCCAAUUUCGUAUUUGUCGGCACGGUUUUUACCAUGUGGUGCAUGUUACAGAAGGUUGCAGAGUCAGACGGAAAGGCAAGGCCCUACGUCCUUGCGUUCAUGUCGGUAGUGAAUUGGAGGUUGAAUAUGGAAUGGCUGGACGUCUACGCCCAAUUCAGCUGAGUCCAUUCGAAUGUCAGACUUCUUUUGGUGGUCUUGUGGCUGGCCGACACAAUCUGAAUCUUCAAGACAUGAGAAGAGUCUUGGACAUGAAGCUGUGGACAGAGCAGGGCGACAUUUUGCCGCACGUCGGCUUCACGCAGCAAUUGGGUUACAUGGCCAAAUAUGAGUGGGCUGCUGGACAGUAUGAAGAACGAGGUGGAUCUCCCACUGAGCCAGUAUCAUGGUUGUGGACUCGUUCGCUGGCCAAAGAUUUUCGCAAAGCUUGGCUGGCAGCUCAUGAGAAAGCAGUCACUGGGGGAACGGACAAAACACAAACAGAAGAUGAUGUUGCCGAGCGCGACUUUGUUCGCGCGAUUCGCUGCGGUGUGAGUGACGCUUUUUCGGAUGGAAUCAAUAGGGGGUUCUACAUCAACAGCUACACGACGAAGCCUGGUCCUGGCUUGGCUGGAAUGUUAGAGGAGUUGCGCAAAGGCAUUGAGCGCUUGGAAAUGGAGCGGGAGGAGCGCAACGAGGAGAGGAGCCGUGCAGAACAAGCUGCACAAGAUGCAGGUGAACACAUUCCCGGACGUCGUGGAGUUAUGUUUUCUGAGACGAUGAAGACGUUGACCCGCCUGUCGUCUUCCUACAGACGUUGUCAUUGGAAGAGCGCGGCUGAAUUGAUUUUUCCUCUCUUGUACGAACAUUUGACGUUUGCGUCGCAUCGUACUUGGAAGCUGUUUGUGAAGAAAGCAUUUUUUUUCUGUGUUACUGCUUGGCGAAAACAGUAUGGUGACAGUGUGCUCCAUUGUGUCGAUGCACAGAGCGCCCACAAUGAUCCUGUGAUUUUUCAUAGAACAGGUGUGGACGAUGUGGUUUUGGCCGGCUGGCGGAAAGUUGCCCGCAUUGAUGAUGAAACCGGCGAGACGUCGUAUGUCUACAUUGGACCGGGUGGGCAAGCUUGCACGAAUUUAGCUGACGCGUUCUUGGAGUUUGAAGCGCAGGCAGCACAGAAGCGCAAUUCGCGACAGAGGUUGUCGAUUGCAGAGGAGCUUUUGAAGAUGCAUAGUGUCACCGAAAAUGUGGAUCGCAGUGGCGACGGUGAGGGUGCUGCCACGAAUUUGCGAGCAUUGCAAGCAACUGGUGAGGAUGUCGCAGUGACUGCAGGUGUUAGUACCGUCACUCAGCCUCAGUACCUUUCUGUUACUACUAACAGUUUGGAGGAUUAUUUGUAUCGCGGUGACUCAGAACUGCUGGCAGGAAUGAGUUGGGCGACCUAUGGCACGUGGGUCUAUCGCAUCGAGUUGCCUGCUCGUCCGGAGAAGUCGGUCAGAGGCGUCCUGGCACGGUACGUUGAUGUUUAUUUUGAUCCGGCUUACAAGCUCUACAAUUCUCAUGCUCAGCGGAUCUGCUCAGAACCUCGUGUACCAAUGUUUGAAGGGUUUACUAUGCCACCUCUGACUGUGGACAGCGAGCGGAAUGCCAUGUACAAGCAGAUACAAUGCCGGCCAACUCGCAUUCUGCCUGUCGCCGGCGAAGAACUGAGCCAGGAGGAGUUGGUGUUGAAAGCUUUUGCUCUUUUUUCAUCUCCUACCAAGGGCUCAGCAGGCAUGGACAAUUCCGUUGCAGCUACGACUGCUUUCACACGAGCUUAUCUGGAAUGGGAAGAAGACAUGACGAAGGAAGCAGCCACGGCUCGUUAUCGUUUUGCAGCUCGAUUUGAAUAUCCUUCUCUGUGGGAAACAAAAGAAAUGGUUGAGGCUCUUCGAUGGAAACUGGAAAUGGUCAUGGGCGAAGAGUUGCCGCAGCCGAUAUUAGAUCCGGAUCGAGAGAAGCCUCGAGCAACUGUUGAGCAAUAUUCUUCCAUGUUGGCAGAGAGUCGAGUUGCGCAUUUGGAAGGUUUGGCUCGGGCCCGGCAACAACGUCACAAGAGAAGUCGGGAUGUUGAUGCUGAGUUGUUGGAGGAGUUCGUGAAAGUGACCACUGCGGGCGAAAAAGAUGACGAAGAUGCUGGGGACAAUCCUGAGCAUGAUGAACUGCCUCCAGAAAAAACACUUCGGCCUGAUGAAGUCUUUCAGAAGAUAUCUUUUCGACCGAAUAUGGAAGAACAGAAGAAACUGCUACUGUUUCAAUUUCAAGCUCGACACAAUCAAUAUGUGAAAGAUUUCCUUGCACAAAGCUGGAUGAAGGAAGAUCCUUUCGCCGACGCAUGCAAACUUCAGAAUUCAACACGUCACUCGCUGCAUGAUGUUUUUGCUGAGCUCCAAAGUUGGAAUGCAGACACACGUGCGGACAUUUUGGGAUCGUGUCGAUAUGGUUUGGUGCAAGACGACGAAGACAGAGAGCAGCCUCCCAGUGAAGAAAUUGCGCAUGCAUCUCUCAAGAAAGCUUUGCCACGGUUACCUGCCCAGUGUGUUCGCUUCAGUGCUCAGAAUGUCUACGAGAAACCUUCCGAUCUUGUGAAAGAUCUAGUUGCUGCAUUGCCGCCGAAGCAACGACUGAACGAAGAUCAGGACUGUUUCAUUCAAAGAUUUGCGGAGGUGUUGGACACGGUGUACGCACAAGAAAGCACAACUGCCCCAGAGAAGCGGCAUGUUUAUCACAUGCUGUUGCUCGGCCAAGGGGGCUCAGGCAAGACGCACAUUGUGCAGAACAUUGUAUUCCCUGUGGUGCACUUCAUGUGGCCUUCGGAGGGAGAACAGUCUACCUUGAUGGUUGUUGCUGCCAAAAAUGCGCAGGCCAAGAACAUUUCCACUGACACUGUCCGCGCCAAGACCUUACACGGCGCAUCCUUGCUCGGAGUACAAAGCCUAUAA